AUGUGUAUUGAUUAUUUAUCGCAUGUUUCUUGUUUUGGAGUCUGCUUCAUAACCACCAUAGACCCCUUCUCCCGAGGUUCACCUGGUAAUCUUUUAGAUGGCAUCUGCAAUCCUUUCACUAAAAUGAAGAUCUUAUUUGUUUCCCUUCUAGCUAUCAACUUUGGUAUCGCUCUUCCAAAAUGGAUGAUCAAAAAGGAAAAUAACGUUCUGGUUGUGGGAGCCUACGCCCUCGUCUUCAUGUUCAUCCUUCCCUUGGUUGUCGUAAGUCUAUAG